AUGACCAAAAUCGCCGACCAUGACGAGGCUCAGGCCUCCUCCUCGUCUGCUGUCAAUUUCAUUGAAGAAGCUUUCAGAUCUUUGAAUUUGACUCCUGCCGAAGCCCAGAACGUCAUACGCGCCUUUGUUGAAGUCGUCAAUCGCACCACCAGCCCGACUUCGACUCCAGCCUCUUCCUCCCACUCCACGAAUUCAGCCGAUUCCACUCGCGUUGGCGUAGAUUCUACCAGAGACGAAGACGUCAUCAGCGAUGAUGAAGCUCCAGUUGAUGAGGGCAGUGUUCCAGCCCUCGUCCCUGUCCUCUUCACCACCUGCUCUUACCACGGAAACUGUCUUGCCACAGGAUCUGCUGGCUCAACGGCCACAUCGACGACCGCUGUUUCCCCUACUCCAUCGGCCACCAUCAUCGCGUCUGUUCCUAGUGUCGUGUCCGUCCCUUCUGUCGCGUCCGGCGCUCCAACGCUUCCAGCCACUCCUGGUGUUGUCAAUGCUCCUACCGCCGCUCCAGUAGCUGUUCCGCUCUACGCUGCCCUUCCGCCUAACCCACCGUCCAAUGCUAUACUGCCGCCCACUCACCUGGUGAUGGCCCCAUGUGGUUAUCACAUUCCUGCCGCAAACGCAGAUGGCCCGUUCUAUGUUGUCACCUGUGGCCGCAACUUGGGAAUUUUUAGCGGAUGGGAGACCGUCUCUCCUUUGGUCACUGGGGUCAGUCAUGCCGUUUACUCGCGUGUAUCCAGUGUGGCCGAGGGACACGCCAGGAUCAAUGCGGCCAACAUCGCAUCCUUUGCUUUAUACUUGACUUGA